CAGGGAGACCGCGUGGAACUAAAGCUAAAUAGGAUCCAACGGUGGAGAAAGCUGCGUUAAAACUGCAGAACCAUCAAAAAGGAAGGCAUCUAACGGUGAUAAGAGUAGCGUCAGACCUAAGCGUAAACCCUUCCAAAUUUCUCUUUUAAAAACCCAUCUCUCCCCACAAAUCUCCCUCUCGCCGCUUCUCUUCUUACACCUCCACGCUCAAAUCGCUCUCUCUCCUCUCGUGAUUCCGAAACUAUGGCUCUACCUAACCAGCAAACCGUUGAUUACCCUAGCUUCAAGCUCGUCAUUGUCGGUGAUGGAGGCACAGGUAAAACGACCUUUGUCAAACGACAUCUUACUGGAGAGUUUGAGAAGAAGUAUGAACCUACUAUUGGUGUGGAGGUUCAUCCUUUGGAUUUCUUCACAAACUGUGGCAAGAUCCGUUUCUAUUGCUGGGAUACUGCUGGACAAGAGAAAUUUGGUGGCCUAAGGGAUGGAUACUACAUCCAUGGUCAAUGUGCGGUAAUCAUGUUUGACGUUACAGCGAGGCUCACGUACAAGAACGUUCCGACAUGGCACCGUGAUCUCUGCAGGGUGUGUGAGAACAUUCCGAUUGUGCUAUGUGGGAACAAAGUCGAUGUGAAGAACAGGCAAGUGAAGGCGAAGCAGGUGACGUUCCACAGGAAGAAGAACCUUCAGUACUACGAGAUAUCAGCAAAGAGCAACUACAACUUUGAGAAGCCCUUCUUGUACCUUGCUAGGAAACUGGCCGGUGACGCAAACCUUCACUUCGUCGAGUCUCCAGCUCUUGCUCCACCUGAGGUUCACAUCGACAUGGUUGAGCAGCAGAAGAACGAGGCUGCUCUCAUUAACGCUGCAUCUCAGCCUCUCCCCGAUGAUGAUGAUGACGUAUUCGAGUAAAAACAAAAUCCUCCGAAAUGUCUGCGUGAUGGAAGCUGUUGCUUUUUUUUUUCUCUUUCGUUUUUUGGAUUCUCCUAUGUUGCUUUUGAUGUUACAUAUUAAAUGAAUCGGUCUUUUAGAACGAAAUUGUUUGGGAAAUAUUGGGAUUGUUCCUUUUGGGAAUAGAGCGAGUUGUUUUUGAACCCCAAGAGAAUUUGCAAUUCUAGUCUUUUUCUUCCCUGCCCAAAGAAUAUUCUGUGAUUGCAUUAUCGUUGACUAUAAAACUUGAUUCUACC